AGAGAGUCAGAGGUAAACUAGAGAAAGAGAGAGAGGAAAGAAGACAGAGUGGCAGAAUGGAUGAUAAGCAAAAAAAAACCAUAUGAAGACAUCCGCAUUUGGAGAAUGAAAGCUGUGAUCGCCGCAGGAACACACACAAACAGCAGCGUCAGCCUUGAAAUCCAUAAUCUACACAUAGUGGAAUGAUUUUGUUAUUUGCUUUUUAUUUGUAAAGGUCAUGUAACAUACAGAAAAUACACAAAACACAGUAUUUUUGUAUUUACUAAAGUAACACACGUACUGCUAGGAUGUGGUCUUGUAUAACAGACUUUUUCACCUAUGAAACCACCAAAUCAGUGGUAGUGAAGAGCUGGACCAUCGGCAUCAUCAAUCGUGUUGUCCAACUCCUCAUCAUCACUUACUUCAUUGGGUGGGUGUUUGUCGUCGAAAAGGCCUACCAGGUGAGGGACACAGCUAUUGAAUCCUCUGUGAUGACCAAGGUCAAAGGGUUUGGAAUCUACAAUGACAAGGUGAUGGAUGUUGCAGAUUACGUCACUCCUACACAGGGAGCUUCAGUCUUCUGCAUUAUCACCAAACUGAUCACAACAGAGAACCAAGUCCAAGGAUACUGUCCUGAGAGUGAGAAAAAGUAUACUUGUACCAAGGACACUGACUGCACUAAGCACCUCAACAAGCCAGGAAGUUAUGGAAUUCUUACAGGGAAAUGUGUUCCUUUCAACGCCACCAUCAAGAUGUGUGAGAUAAAAGGAUGGUGUCCUGCUGAGAUCGACACCAUCAAGACUACGCCAAUGAUGGAAGUGGAAAAUUUCACCAUUUUCAUUAAGAACAGCAUCCGCUUCCCUACCUUCAACUACACCAAAGGGAACUUCCUUUCUACCAUCACUGAUGAUUACAUAAAAAAAUGUAACUUUGACAUGGUCAACAACACCUACUGCCCCAUCUUUAGAGUGGGAGAUGUGGUCCGUUAUGCUCAGCAGAACUUCACCAAACUUGCAGACAAGGGAGGAGUGAUUGGAAUAAAGAUUGGCUGGAUAUGUGAUCUGGACAAGUCAGAUGACCAGUGUAACCCCUCAUACUCAUUCACUCGACUGGAUGCCAUGUCACAGAAGACCUCCGUCUCACCGGGCUAUAAUUUCAGGUUUGCCAAAUACUUUAAGAUGGAGAAUGGGACAGACUACCGUACUCUGGUCAAAGCUUAUGCUAUUAGGUUUGAUGUUCUGGUCAAUGGAAAUGCAGGGAAGUUCAACAUGAUCCCUACACUAAUCAACAUGGUGGCUGCCUUCACAUCAGUGGGAGUGGGCACUGUGCUGUGUGACAUCAUACUGCUGAACUUCCUGAAAGGGGCGGAGCAGUACAAGGCCAAGAAAUUUGAAGAGGUGUCAGACAACCCACUGGAUUCCCAAAGCAAUGGCUUUUACCGCUCACAGCUGUCACUCAGACAAAAUGAGACCAUCAUGAGGUCCAGUGACUCAGGAGCAUUUUCUAUUGAACAUUAUAGCUAAAUCCAACAAUUGUCACUGAACAGAACAAGUCAAAUGUGUGUUGAUUUGCUCUAAAAAAUAGUUUAUUCAUUUGAUCCAUUCUAACUAUACACACAUUUAAGUCCAAAACAUCUAAAGAACUUUGAAAGAUUUGUUAACCUUAAAUCUUUCAAAUGGUGACAGAUGGUAACAAACGCAUUUAAUAGUUAUUAUAAAAUACAGACGCAUGAGUGUCUUUGCACGAUGACACAAUGAAAUCAAACCUGUUACGAUGUUAUGCCACUAGCAUGCUGGUUCCAGUAGUGAACUUUGUCUGCAUUAACAGAUGAAGAUUGCAGAUGAAAUAAUGUGUUGUGUUAAGUGAGUGAGUGAAUAGUCAUAUCACACAACGUUACACUCCACUGUGUUUUUAGUCAUUCAUGCUGCAAGCCUGAUUGCCAUCUUGUUUGAUUGGCCACCGCAGUAUUAGGUCAAAAUGUGUUUCAGUUGGGUUUUUUUUCUGCUGCAGCCAGCUGCAUUUUUUCCCCAGCACCCCCUGCAGUCAUACGCCAUUGCCUAAACACUAUCCUCAUUCACAUUAAUGGGAGGAUCUGUGUUUUUGCCACAAUGCCAGAUUUGGUGUGAAUGCAGGCUUAGCCUGGUGAGGUGAGCCAGGUGUUUUAAUAAUUAGACCUUAGCUGUUGGAUAGAGCUAUAUGUUAGGAAUAAAAGCAGGAAACCAAAGUCCUUACACUAUACAAAUGCUAAAGAUUUAAGUUGUCCUUUCCUUACAGAUGUGUGAGAGUGAAGGAGAAAAAGCACCCACUCUGUAUGCCCCCCAACAGUCCUGUGUGGAAGUAAUCAGACAAAAUAAAUCAAAACAUGCAUGUGGGUGUGCAAUGGGUGUCUGCAGAGGCUUAAAGUGUUAAAAAUACUGAGUCAAAAGUAUAAAAUGUCACAUAAACAGCCACUACUGCGGCACUAGAAAUGAGGCUUGCUGCAAAUUUGUCUGCAGUACCAUAACAGAGAAGAAUCUCCUGCUGCCCCAAAGUAAUUGUCCUCAUAAGCCUCCAAUACACAAUAAAAAUUUGUAAAGCUACUGACAGAGCAGUUAAUUUAUAUUACAAAGUAUUGUAUUAUUCAAAAGCUUGCAUGAUGUGCUGGACACGGUUGGACAGUAUUUUGCUGAUCAAUGAGGGAAAACAACAGCAGCACAAAGUUUAAUCUCCAAAAUGAUUAAGAUCUGAAUCUACACCUCUCUAAAACCAUUUCAAUAAAAACUGAAAAUGAGAAACUUCAUGCAUGUGGGAUUCAUUUCAGGGCUGUUGAGUUGGGCCCUGUUCAGACCUGGUACCACCAUCCAUCAUGAGUCAUCCUAACACAACUGGACAGCUCUAAGUCCAUCAGUUUAUAACUAGCAUUAACAUGCUGUUCAAGAGACUUCAGCUAGACAGUAGUGAGCAAGUCAGUUAGAAAACAGGGAGCAACAUGUAGCAUAUACAUAGGCAAUAAGUUUAAAAUGACUGACUUUAGAAGUAUCUUCCCCAGUUAUGUAACUUGUUCUAGAUGCCUUAGCUGAAAUCCAGAGAUACAUUUUCCUCAGCUACAUGGCCACUUACUUAAGAGUUGAUGUGGGUUAAGCCAUUUGACAAUAUAGUAGCUAUGGUGUAGUGAUGUAAUAUAUAUAAUAAUAUGUCCAGCUGAUUUGUUUUUGAUGCAAUUUCAGUGGGUUUACAGUGUUUAUUUGGGUUUAUUUAGCAAAUAUGACCAUAAUAUGUUAGUAUGCAAUUGGUCUCCCAUUAAUAUUAUGUGUGCUGUUGUCAAAAGAAAGAUGGCAUGAAGUCUGAGAUGUUGUAUGCACCCCAAAACAUAUGAGGAAAGUGUAUGACUCGGUUUGAGUGCAAUUUCAUUCAUUAUCCAUGUUAAUGUGUGAUCUGUCUUCCUCUUAUUUAUAUGCUGUUCAGAUGGCAUCCAUAUUCAUUGUUUACCCUGAUUAAUCUGUGGUUUGUAUGUUCCCCUGUAGACCAUACGCUGUCACUGUUCACCAUAUAACCUGCUAUUAAACUGCUCAAGGAGUCCUAUGUCUCCUGUGUCUG